CUUGCGUCCCGCCCCGCCGGCGCGCACCGCUCCGGACGCCCAGCUUGGCAGCGACCCGGCGCGCACAGCCUCUGCUCCCCCCACCGUCGCGAACCGAGGGCCCGCGGACGCAGGGCGCGAUGGCCGCCCCAUCCGUGGCCCCGGUCACGCGGCAGGUCAGCGGCCGCGCCGCCCCCGCCCCAGUCGCAAGCGGCCCCGAGAGCGGGCAGCCUCUGGCCGCCGCCGUGGCCGACCUGCCUGUGCUGGACGCCUUCGGGAGGCGGCUGCCGUUCGGCGCGCUGUUCCGGGAGCGCCGCGCUGUCGUGGUCUUCGUGCGGCAUUUCCUGUGUUACGUCUGCAAGGAAUACGUAGAAGAUCUGGCCAAAAUCCCCAAAAGUUUCUUGCAAGAAGCAAAUGUCACUCUUAUAGUGAUUGGACAGUCAUCCUACCAUCAUAUUGAGCCUUUCUGCAAACUGACUGGGUAUUCUCAUGAAAUCUAUGUUGAUCCUGAGAGAGAAAUUUAUAAAAGAUUGGGAAUGAAAAGAGGUGAAGAAAUUGUCUCCUCAGGAAGAACUUGGCUUCUGAAAUACCAAAUAAGAGAACUCAACUUGAACUCACAUCACUUAUUCACAACAAAUGUUGAGAAUGACACCCGUGGCACCCACUGUGUUGGAUGUUCCUGGGAGGACUGUGAUAAAAGACACAGCCCCUGCCAUCUCAAUGCUCAUAAUCUACUCUGGGAGACAGAAGCAAAUAGUCAAUUACAUUACGGUUUACGGCUUAUAAAAGGGGAGAGCAUGUACUGGCAUACCUAUAAUGCAGAAAUGUCUAUAAUACCAGAAAUGCACAGGGAGAGAAAAAUCUGGGAAGGCUUCUUAGAGGCAGUGUUGUCUAAGCUCGCUGUUUAAGAAGUUAGCUGGGUGAAGUGAGGCUGGGAAAGGUGCAGCUGACAGAAAGUAGCACAUACAGAAGCACACAGGUAUGAAAAAAUGUGACUCUUGGAGAAGUGCAGUUCCCUGUGUCUGGCCAGAGUCUAGGAGCCAGUUGAGGGAUUGUGUGAGCCAGGCGACUGAGUCUGGGAACAUGUCAAGGAAUUUGAGUUUGUUCUGGAGGCAGUAGGGGAGUCAUAAAAGUAUUAUAUUUGAGUGGAGAAGUGAUACAAUCUUGUUGCCAGGUGGAGCAGCAAUUGGAACCUGCCAAACGGGAGUCAGUGAUAUUCUUGAGAAGUUUGUAGUAACAGGCUAGAAAGAAAGGACAAGGCCUGAAGUAGAGAUUCAGAGGGACAGAUCACAGAGCUACUUAUGAAAUAGAGUCGACAAGAUCCCUUUACUGAUGUUUUUAAAGAAAGCAAUCAGUUAUGAAAACUAUUGAUGGGACUUGCCUGGUGGCGCAGUGGUUAAGAAUCCACCUGCCAAUGCAGGGUACAUGGGUUUGAGCCCUUGUCCAGGAAGAUCCCACAUGCUGCAGAGCAACUAGGCCUGUGCACCACAACUCCUGAACCUGCACCCUAGAGCCCACGUGCCACAACUACUGAAGCCCAAGUCCUCUAGGGCCUGUGCUCUGCAGCAAGAGAAGCCACCGCAUUGAGAAGCUCACUCAUCACAACUAGAGAAAGCCCAUGCGCAUGGGAAGGAAGACCCAACACAGCUAUAAAUAAAUAAAUAUAUAAACAAACAAAUAAAUAAAUAAAACUAAUGAUGAGAUAGUAGUAUAAAUACAGAAUUUGCUCUUUUUUCCCCCCUCUCUUUUUAGUAUAGGAAAUUGCAGCAGUACAGAUUGUGAACCUUAGUCUUUGGUAGACUGUUUUCCUGUGCUAUAGCAGUCUCAGUAUGUGUAAGGUCUGUUUAUCAUUUAACCACUUUAGACAUAAACUGUGAGUUUCACUUUAGUAAGCACCUUACCAUUCAUUGCCUCAAUAAAGAUAUGGAAUUGCAAAGAAAACAGAUGAAUUUGAAGCAAAGUACAUGCUUGUAAUUAUAAGAGAGAGUGUAUUCAAAUCAUUUAAACUCUUUGAUCUGUGUUAAACUACUGUAUUUCCAAACAGAAAACACUAGGUUCUCACAAAAUAGUUUUUUAACGUUCCUCCCUGAAAAAGCACAAAUCUCAGAAUCAGUCUCAGAAUAAUCCUACUUGAAAAUUAUGACAC